AUUAUCAGCAGCAGGGCAAGGUACUGCUACUUAAGCAGAGGGAAAGAAAAAAGAGAAACAGAGGAGUGGGGGAUAAAAGGAGGUUUGGAGAAAGAGAGAGAGAGAACCAGAGACAAGGGGAAUAGAGAGAGGUAAAAAAAAAAAGAAGAAGAGAAAAAACACAAAAUCAGAGGUGAAGUGGGGAAAAAGGGAGCGACUACAGGAAAAGAGAGUUGUGACUUGCGGACAAAAGAGGCAGAGAAAUAAAGACGUGUGGCGAGAAAAGAAAAAGGUGGGCGAAAAGAGAGGCGCUCACUAUAGAAACGAGAAACUGAGAGCGUGACAGACUGACAGACAGCUGACCCGGAAACCACAGAGAAAGAUGAAUGCCUUCCUGCUGCUGGGCUGCUUUGUCCUAUCUGCGACAGACUACUUCCUUGCCUCUGCCCACAUGCUCCCCGACGACAGACUCUCCACCAAUAGGGUCGUGGAAUAUCACACUCUGUCGGCAAGCCUUGAGAUAGGCCCACCUCCUGUUGUUAUUGUAGAGUUGCCGAAAUCAGCGAAGAAGAACAAGAAAACAAAGAAACAAAAAAAGAACAAAUUCAGUGUAACGAAGCGCCCUCCUCCUCCUGCUGACUGCAUUCCCUUGAGGGGAAGCUGUAAAUCUCCAAGCAAUGUGUGCUGUGAUUUCUGUGCUUUCUGCCAGUGUCGGCUCUUUAGAACUGUCUGUUUCUGUCGAAUGGGCAACCCUCGCUGCUAAAGACCAGCUGCAGCCCGGCCCAGCUCCAAGCUGAGGGAGCAAAACUUCAUGCUAAAGCAAACCACUUUAAGUGAACACCUUGAGAGGUGAAUCACUUCUAGUUCUUGGUUUGUAAGUUUUCCUAAAAUUCUCUGCAUGAAAGCACUUUAUCACAGAGGACUGCCUGACUUUUCUAAAAUCUUACAGGGUGUACUACUUAUAGGACUUGUGAGACACUCAGAAAUAAAAGUUUUUAUAUUAGCUUUUUGCAUGCAUAAAUUGGAUAUGUUUGCUCAAUCAAUUUUAUAUAUUGCUUUAUUUUUACACAGAAAUACAUGAAUGCGCAGUAUCAAAUAUUUUAUGAAGCCUUUUAAGAAUAAAGUCCAUGUUUUAUAUAA